GAAAACUUCAUCUCAUUCAUAGUUGCUCUUUGCCCUUUACACACAGCAGGGCUUGGAAGGAGCCUGCCGCAAGCGGUGUGCCUGUCGCUUCCAGGGCAUUGGGUGAGAAUCCACAGCCCAGCCAUGCCGGGCCUGUACACAGCUGUGCUUGGGCUCCUGGUCCUCCUGCCCCUUGUGGGGAAUUUCUUCUUCCCCUACCUUUGGAUGGACCUGGUCUUUCUCUUCUCCGUAAUACAGAAGGGAUACAGAAUUGAGAAGCGUCUCCAACGCAAACCUCCCGUCACCAUACUGGACGUCUUCUUGGACAAAGCCCAGAAACACCCGGAGAAGCCCCUGAUUCUCUUCGAAGACAAGUCGUUUUCCUACCGAGAAGUCGACCGACGCAGCAGCCAGGUGGCCCGAGUGCUCCAGGGCCACGUGGGGCUGAAAGAAGGGGAAACGGCAGCUGUUUUCUUGAAGAACAUCCCAGCCUAUCUCUGGGUCUGGCUGGGCUUGGGGAAGAUUGGCUGUGCCAUGGCCUGCAUCAACUACAACAUCCGACUGAAGUCUCUCUUGCAUGUGCUCAGUUCCUGUGAGGCCAAAGUGUUACUGACCACUCCAGAUUUGAAAUCGGCCAUUGAGGAUGUCCUGCCUACUCUACAGAAGGAAGGGGUACGGGUUUUCUACCUGAGCGAUGACUCCCCAACGGAGGGUGUGGAAGCUUUGCUGGGAAGGAUCAAAUCCAGCUCAGAUGAACCGGUGCCUCUUUCCUGCAGAGGCAAUACAACUCCUACAUCUUCACCCAUUUAUGUUUUUACCUCUGGGACCACAGGGUUACCGAAAGCUGCUAUCAUCAACCAGAAAAAGAUGUUCAAUGCAUCCAACCUGUUUGUCCUGUGUGGAGUCCAUUCCAAGGAUACCAUCUACAUUCCACUUCCCUUGUACCACAUGGCUGCACUUACUGGGGUUUUAGGAUGCUUGGAAGUUGGAGCUACAUUUGUCCUGAAGUCAAAGUUUUCUGUUUCCCAGUACUGGGAUGAUUGCAGACGAUACCGUGUCUCUGUGAUCCAGUAUAUCGGAGAAAUUAUGCGCUACCUGUGCAACGCACCAAAGAAGGAAAGUGACCGCGACCACAGUGUUCGAAUAGCCAUCGGUAACGGCAUGCGGUCGGAAGUCUGGAAGGAGUUCUUGCGCCGAUUUGGACCCAUCCAAAUCAGAGAGAUAUAUGGAUGCACAGAGGGGAAUGGUGGGUUUUUAAACUACACGGGGAAAGUUGGAGCCGCGGGAAAGACCAACUUCAUCUACAAGAAACUGGCCCAGUAUGAACUUAUUCAAUACGACAUUGAGAAGGAUGAGCCUGUGAGGGAUGAGAGAGGGCUUUGCAUCCCCGUGGCUUUGGGUGAGACAGGUUUAAUGGUGGGCAAGAUCACUAGGCUCACCCCAUUCGACGGUUAUGUAGGAGACCGCAAGAAGACAGAGAAGAAGAUUCUUCAGGAUGUCUUGAAGAAAGGAGAUGCCUACUUCAACAGUGGUGACCUCCUGAUACAAGACCACGAAGGCUUUAUAUACUUCCAGGAUCGGGUGGGAGACACUUUCCGCUGGAAAGGGGAGAACGUGGCCACAACAGAGGCUGAGUCGAUCCUGGAAACCCUGGACUUUAUUCAAGAAGUCAACGUUUAUGGGGUGCCCGUGCCAGGGCAUGAAGGAAAGAUUGGGAUGGCAGCCAUACGGCUGAAGGAGGGGCUCUCCUUUGAUGGCAAGAAGCUAUAUGUACAUACCCAGGACUAUUUGCCCAAUUAUGCCAUACCUCGUUUCAUUCGUAUCCGGGAGGCCAUGGAGAUCACAGUAACUUACAAGCAGAGCAAAAAUCAGCUGGUGAAGGAAGCAUUUGACCCGGCCACCAUCAGUGAUCCCCUCUUCUUCCUAGAUGACUUGGAAAAAUGUUACGUGCCGAUGACUCAGCAGAUCUACAGCUCCAUCACAGAGAAGAAGCUCAAGCUGUGAAAGGGGCUUCAAGCCACACCGUGCGAUGGUCUUCUUAACAUCGGGUGGCCAUAUUUUGGAAACCAAAAAGGAGGGGGCCCCAAUGUGGCUGGCCCCCAAGGGCCCCCAAAAUGGUCAGCCUCCAAUGGGGCAUGUCCACCCCAAAAUGGCCUUGGUCACGCGUCUGAUUCUAUAGCUCACAAUUAAGAUAAACCUUUUCUACAUAAUACCUUAAUUUUAAAAUCAAUGAAAUAAAGAACCUCAGCUCCGUGCCCCCUGUCAGCUCAGCUUAGCAUCCCCCCUUCACUUCAGGUUGGCACCCCCUGCCAGCUAAGCCAGGCAUCCCCCUUCACCUCAGCUGUGCCCCCUGUCACCUCAGCCUGGCAUCCCCCCUUCACCUCAGUUUGGCACCCCCUGUCAGCUCAGCCAGGCAUCCCUCCUUUACCUCAGGAUGGCGCCCCCUGUCAGCUCAGCUUGGCAUCCCCCCUUCACCUCAGGUUGGCGCCCCCUGUCAGCUCAGCCAGGCAUCCCCCUUCACCUCAGCUGUGCCCCCUGUCACCUCAGCCUGGCAUCCCCCCUUCACCUCAGGUUGACGCCCCCUGUCAGCUCAACCAGGCAUCCCCCCUUCACCUCAGCCUGGCAUCCCCCCUUCACCUCAGGUUGGCGCCCCCUGUCAGCUCAGCCAGGCAUCCCCCCUUCACCUCAGCCUGGCAUCCCCCCUUCACCUCAGCUUGGCAUCCCCUGUCAGCUCAGCCAGGCAUCCCUCCUUUACCUCAGGAUGGCGCCCCCUGUCAGCUCAGCUUGGCAUCCCCCUUCACCUCAGCUGUGCCCCCUGUCAGCUCAGCCAGGCAUCCCCCCUUCACCUCAGGUUGGCGCCCCUGUCAGCUCAGCCAGGCAUCUCCCCUUCACCUCAGGUUGGCGCCCCCUGUCACCUCAGCCUGGCAUCCCCCCUUCACCUCAGGUUGGCGCCCCCUGUCAGCUCAGCCAGGCAUCCCUCCUUCACCUCAGGUUGGCGCCCCCUGUCAGCUCAGCCAGGCAUCCCCCCUUCACCUCUGGUUGGCGCCCCCUGUCAGCUUAGCUUGGCAUCCCAGCAAACAGCAUUCUACUGUUCUGGCUAAUGGCCAAUUUUGGUUGUGUCUUGAUUUUAUUAUCUAUAAGGGAAUACUGUACUGAUUCCAAGAGAUAUAUCUCAAUUGAUCAAAAUAAACUUAAAUAAACUGAUCAGUGAGAUUACACAAGAUAUAGACAGAUGGGCACUGUUAAAGUUGAGACUGUGGGGUAAAAUCAACACACUUAAGAUGAACCUUAUAUCUUGAAUUCUUUAUGUUGUACAUGGGAUCCCUUUACUCAUAACUGGCAAAUAUUUUCAACAACUUAAUGCUUGUUUUGUAAAUUCUUCAGGGGUUCUUCCCCACCUCGAAUAUCUUUGAAAUGGAUCCAGCUUCCAAUUAAAGAAGGUUUUCCAUA